AUGGGGUUCGGGGAUUACCUGUCGAGCAAGGCGGAGGCGGCUGCGAAGGAGAGGGAAGCGACCAAGAAGAAGGUGGCGGAGCAACGUCGGCCGGAGUUGAUGCAGCUGCUCGCUACUUACCAAGCCAGGGGAAUGACUCGUGAUGAAGCCCAGAUGGUGGUGAACAUCUUCUCCAAAUACGAAGGCAUCCUCGUGCAGGAAAUUCUGCCUCUGCAAGAAUACCGAGACGCCAUGGAAGACUGGACUGGCGACCUUCGUUGCCUUCCUGCUCUUCGACAGUCAGCCUCUUCUCUCCUGCAUCAUCCUCAUCUCCUUCACAGACAACCCAUCUAUCAAGUUUUCAGGUGCCUGUCUGCUAUCAGCGGCUGCUCUCGCGCUGCUGGGAGUGGGAACAGAAAAUACUUGGUCUCUCUUCUCACGACGCUCUGUAAUGGAGCCAUGGCUGCUGCGGCGGCUUAUUUCAUAAGGUGGUCGCUCAGUCAUGUCUCCGCAGGGCUUUGA